GCUCUACCACUGAGCCACAACCCAGUCCCCUCCAUGUUGAAAUCUUGAAUUUUAGCUUCCUCCGGAAGGAGGGAAGACGUGGAAACACGCAGUCCCAUUCCCAUACUGCAAAAGCCACCUGGAGCAGAGUCUCAGCUGCGUACUUUAGAAAGGCUUGAGUGUCACUCUUUCAUUAGGUGUCGUGAACUAACUCUCCGUCCCUUUAUGGACACUUGAGUUUGCGACCUCUAUAUUACCGGGUAUAUAUGUUAGAAAGACAGGGACGUCUCUGCUGGGAUCUCACAGUCAGAUGGGGUGGACAGGUUCGCAGACCAGCCAGGGAGGAACGGGGCGCGCGGGAAGAUGGGGCUUUAGGUAGGUGGGUGAUGCGGGUACGGCAACCAAAGCGCAGUCUUGGGAGACGGUGCGGCUGUGGCAUAAAUAGACGAGAGGCGCCUGAGAGCCCGGGGAUUGGCGCCAAGCUGGAGACGUGUCCCAGGGCGGAGCGGCGGGAGUGGGCUCCCUCACCAGCGUGGUCUCUGCAAAGAGAUGGGCGCUCCGGAGACGGAACCCGCGGUUUCAGAACUAAAGGCAGCAUCGCCUCGCUUCCCACCCGGACAGCCUCCCCGCGCACCGCUCCAGGCCGGAAGUGGUCCGGAAGCCACCGUGCUGCUGCUUCCUUGCGAAGUCGGGGUGUGGAGCUGGCGGUCCCAUCCGAUGGGCGGUUGAGCCUGCGCCGCUAUGGCUCACGUUGGCUCUCGCAAGCGUUCGAGAAGUCGCAGCCGCUCCCGGGGUCGAAGGUCGGAAAAGAGAAGGAAGAAGAGUAGUAGGGACGCCUCGAGGAGUUGCUCAGUUUCUGGAUCCCAAGGUCGUAAGGCCAGCACCGCCUCAGGGACUGAGGCCUCACCUUCUCCCUGCAUCACAGAGAGAAGCAAGCAAAAGGCCCGGAGGAGACCACGAUCCAGCUCCUCCUCCUCUUCUUCCAGUUCUUCUAGCUCCUCUUCUUCCUCCUCGUCCUCCUCCUCUUCCUCCAGUGACGGUCGGAAGAAGCGGGGAAAGCACAAGGACAAGAAGAGGAAGAAGAAGAAGAGGAAAAAGAAGCUGAAGAGGAGGCGCAAAGAGAAGGCCGAGGUGCUCCAGGCCGAAGCUCCGCCUGGCCCCUCGCUGGACCAGUGGCACAGAUCCACGGGGGAGGAAGACGAUGGCCCAGUCCUGACGGACGAGCAGAAGUCUCGUAUUCAGGCCAUGAAGCCUAUGACCAAGGAGGAGUGGGAUGCUCGGCAGAGUGUCAUCCGCAAAGUGGUGGACCCCGAGACGGGACGCACCAGGCUCAUUAAGGGAGAUGGUGAGGUCUUGGAGGAAAUCGUAACCAAAGAGCGACACAGAGAAAUCAAUAAGGUUGGUGUUGCCCCUUUCCCUGUGGUCUGCCCCCAGCUGUCUCUGAUGUCCCACUUCUGUAUGUUUUCUUCCCUAGCAAGCCACCCGAGGGGAUGGCCUGGCUUUCCAGAUGCGAGCUGGGCUGCUUCCCUGAGGGCCCCUGGCCAACUGAGGCCUGUGGACAGUGUCGUGCCAUGGCCUGGAGGUUGGCCACAGGGCGGGCAGCAGCAACACUGACUGGUGCUGAUGGCUUUUCACCUGUGGAGCCAGUCCAGCCUCCUCAGGAGCAAGGUUAGAGGUGAGACUUACGGAUGCCUCAGUAACCUCUCCUGAAAGAGCAAGGGCAGUGUACCUGAUAUUAAAUGUUCUCUGGUCUUAGA